CAGCUGUUACAUUUCAAAGGUCAAAUUCUGUCAUGAAUACCACACAGAAAGUUGAUCCAACGGAAUCAGCUGCUAAGAUUGCUCAACAAGCCUCGCAGUUCAAACGAUGGGGACGUAGACAUCCAUUUGUUCGAUAUGGUCUUCCACUCAUUUCGUUGACAGUGUUUGGUGCGGUUGGUCUAGCUCAUCUUAUACAGGGAAGCAAAGAAGUAACGAAGGAAAAGGAGGAUAUGGAAUGGGAGGUCGUAGAGAAAACAAAAGCUCUGAGCCGAACAGGACCGGUGGAAGGGGCCUAUAAGCCUAAGAAGCUCUCGCUAGAGGAUGAACUGAAGGCUUUGCAGCAAAAGGUGGACAUAAACAGCUACGACUACAAGAGAAUUCCCAAACAAAAUGAAAACAAGUGAAGUAAAGCACCGUUUAUCAUGCUAAGGAGUGGGGGAUUUUCUUAAAAAGCUCUCAAGUAGUUUCUUCGUAUUGUUUCUCAGUACGUUCCUUGGGAUGCGGUCCAAGUGUCAAAAUGAGAUUACGGAGACAUUAUCAUCAGAGAAGUAUGUGCUUCAUCAGCUACCAGCAGUAGAGACUUAGGUCGAUGAUCCUUUUGAAGGCUUGAACCGUAGGAAUCAUCUGUGUAGCCAUAGGAGAUGGUCAUUUUCACAGUCCGCUCAACUGAGUUUCUUUUUUUGAGUUGAUCGAAUACUGCCUUCCUUAUCAAGGGCCCAAUAAAUUGUAACACAGUACUCUGACGUGUGAACAAUCAGAUUUUGUAUGUCAUUUCUUGGAAGCUACUCCCUCCGUCCCAUAAUAUAAAGCGUUUUUGACACAGUA